ACCGACAGCCCUGCCUACCAGCUCUACCAAAGAGCCCUGCGGUAUAAAUUUUACCAAACUUCAACCUCCUGCCCCCGCCUCCAUCUCCGACUCCGCCGCAUCUUUCUCCGCAACUUGACAUUCUACAACCAUGGGCUGGUUCAGCUCAAGUUCAAAGGAAGACUCCGGUGUCAAGAAGACAGAAGGCGGCGCAUUCGAGUCGCCCUCACGGUCAAAUCGCAAACAAUGCUACGCAGCGCGCGACGCCUUUUUCGAAUGCCUCGACAAGAACAACAUCCUGGACAGCAUAAACACAAAGUCUGGAAGGGACAAGGCUGCAAGCUUCUGUGGACAACUGGACAAGGAAUUUGAGAAGAAUUGCGCACAUAGCUGGGUUGAAUACUUCAAGAAGCAACGAGUGGUCAACUACCAACGCGAGCAAACCAUCAAAAAGAUUGAAAUGCAAGGCGGUGAGAUUACAGCACCGCAGUUACCUCUACCAAGUCAGAACAGGUGAUUCACGGUGCUACUAGAAGAUUUGCUCAUCUGCCUUGAGCAGUAGUCUUGUUUUUCCUUUGACGCCGCUCAUGACCCUGUACAAUAUGUACGAUAUGUAGUACCAGUAGUAGUAUCAGUAAAUAUACACAAUUCCCUAGCCCGCUUGUAGAUGAGCAGGACCGGCAUGGCAUGCACCACAGA